ACACGUCGUUAGUAUUCACAAGUUUUGUAAAAUUUUAGGCUAUUUCUUUGUUGAGAGGCUUAUUUACUAUGUAUCAAGUUUUUGAUACUUUUCUCAUUUUCUAGUAUCCCUUAUUUUCAUACAAAUGUGCUUCUAAAUAGGAUUUUACUUAAUUUUCAGUUGUGUUCAUUUAAUUUUAUCUAUUUUAUCCAUUCAAUAGGUGUUGUGAUAGGAUAUAAAAUAGUUUUUGACUGUUAUUAAACUCACAAAAUACACAAUGGCAGAAGAGAAAACAGAAUUUGAUUGGGGUAAUGAAAAACUCCAACGUGCACAGAAGACUGUUGAUGAAUCACCUUACGAUUUAGAAGCAUGGAGUAUUCUAAUCAGAGAAGCACAAAACAGACCUAUUACCGAAGUUCGACCGGUCUUUGAACAACUUGUAACGGUUUUUCCUUCCGCUGGACGUUAUUGGAAAAUUUACAUUGAACAAGAGAUGAAAAUGCGCAACUUUGAAAAAGUGGAGAAGCUUUUCCAAAGAUGCCUAAUGAAAAUCUUGAAUAUAGAAUUGUGGAAAUUGUAUCUUUCUUACGUAAAAGAAACCAAAGCCAGCCUUACAACUUAUAAAGAGAAGAUGGCUCAAGCCUACGAUUUUGCUUUGGAUAAAAUCGGGAUGGAUAUUCAUUCUUACAGUAUUUGGAAUGAUUAUGUUACUUUCUUAAAAAGUGUAGAAGCUGUAGGUUCAUAUGCAGAGAACCAGAAAAUUAGCGCCGUCCGUAAGGUAUACCAACGAGGAGUUAUUAAUCCAAUGAUUAAUAUGGAACAACUUUGGAAAGAUUAUAUGGCUUUUGAACAAAAUAUUAAUCCAAUAAUUGCAGAGAAAAUGGCCAUCGAAAGGUCUCGAGAUUACAUGAAUGCGAGGCGAGUUGCUAAAGAGUUAGAGGCAGUUACACGAGGAUUAAAUAGGAGUGCACCUAGUGUACCACCAACUGGACAUCCAGAAGAAAUCAAACAGGUUGAAUUGUGGAAAAAAUACAUUGCGUGGGAACGGAGUAAUCCGUUGAGAACUGAAGACACAUCUCUAGUUGCUAAAAGAGUCAUGUUUGCGAUUGAACAGUGUUUAUUAUGCCUUGGUCAUCAUCCAGCUGUUUGGCAUCAAGCAGCUCACUUUUUAGAAUUGAGUUCAAAAAUUCUUACAGAGAAAGGAGAUGUGAACGCUGCUAAAAAUUUGAGUGAUGAAGCAGCUACGAUGUUUGAACGAGCUACUAAUACUCUUCUAUCAAAAAAUAUGUUGCUUUAUUUUGCUCAUGCGGAUUUUGAAGAAGGGCGAGUGAAAUACGAAAAAGUCCAUCAAAUUUAUAAAAAAUUUCUUGACAUCCCUGAUAUUGAUCCUACAUUGGCUUAUGUACAAUACAUGAAAUUUGCUAGAAGAGCAGAAGGAAUAAAAUCAGCAAGAACAGUAUUUAAACGAGCAAGAGAAGAUUCACGAUGUCGACAUCAUGUUUAUGUAGCAGCAGCAUUAAUGGAAUAUUAUUGUACCAAAGAUAAAAAUAUUGCAUUUCGUAUUUUUGAGUUGGGGUUGAAAAAAUUUGGCGAUAAUCCUGACUAUAUUCUAUGCUAUAUUGACUAUUUAUCGCAUUUAAAUGAAGACAACAAUACCCGAGUAUUAUUCGAGAGAGUUUUAUCUUCCGGCAGUCUAGAACCGGAAAAAUCAGUUGAUAUUUGGAACCGUUUUUUGGAGUUUGAAUCAAAUAUAGGUGACUUAGCAAGUAUUGUUAAAGUGGAAAAAAGACGGAGUGCAGUAUUAGAAAAGAUUAAAGAAUUCGAAGGCAAGGAAACUGCUCAGUUAGUUGAUAGAUAUAAAUUUCUGGAUCUUUAUCCUUGUUCACCAAUGGAGUUGAGGUCAAUUGGAUAUAUCGCAGUUUCAAGCUUAAGCAGAAGUAACGUAGGUCCAUUACCAAGACCUGCAGACACUGAAGAAGUUAUAGCAGCUCUACCAAAACCAGAUAUUUCUCAAAUGAUUCCAUAUAAGCCAAAGGUUAAUCCAUUACCUGGAGAGCAUCCUGUUUCAGGAGGUACAUUUCCUUUACCACCAGCUGCAGCUCAGUUGUGUACGAUGCUCCCACCUCCAGGAUGUUUUCGAGGUCCUUUCGUUGCUGUCGACAUGUUAAUGGAUGUGUUCAGUCGAAUUCAACUUCCCGAUCAUGCACCUUUGCCAGUUGCUGAUAAUGGAUGUGACACAAAACUAUUUGAUUUGGCUAAAUCCGUACACUGGAUUGUCGAUGAAAGUCAUGAUGGUACUGGAAUUGGAUCAAAAAGACGACGAACUCGUUUAGGUGGUGAAGAUAGUGAAGAUGAAGACUUACCACCACCACCUGUGAAUGACAUUUACCGUCAAAGACAGCAAAAACGUGUUAAAUAAUAAACUAUCGGUGUUAAUUAUCGACAAUGAAUUUUCUAUACAAAAAAACUUAUAACGUAGUUCUAAAACACAAAAAUUGUUCGAUAAAAGCUGGACUACUGAGAACUAUGUAUAAGUUUGAGCUUCAAUUUGUUAAUAGUAAUUGUGAAAAAAACGGUAUAAUAGUGGAAAUGAUAAUAAUUAAGCUGAUAACAGUGAUGAUAAUAAUAUUAAGAACAUUGAAAAAAUAGAAAAUGUGAUGAAUUUCUUUGAAUACUUGCCCGAAAAUUUUUUAUAAACCAUAAAAUUAAUUUUGAUGGAGACAAGUAUUUCAGUGGUGUGUGCUUGAAUGGAUUAAAACUAUUUUUUUGUAAACUUAAACUUUAAUUGAAUAGAAAUGCAAAUGUUGACCAUACUUUUU